GUUAGGGUUUGGCACACCACAGUCAUGGCGUGCACCAUCGACUUUCGCUGCCUCGACGAAGGCUUCGGCGGCAAAACCUACAAGCGCAAGAGGGAGCAGCAGGCGCAGCCGCUCACCGAUGACGUCAUGGACACCGACGACGCCGUUCCGCCACCGUCGAAGCGAUCGGCGCUGCCUUCGUCGGAGAAUCCGGACAAGCCGGCGGCGUUCGGAAGGCCGAGCUACGACGGCGUGAUCGCCGGGAAGGUGUCCGGGCGGAAGUGGAAGCAGGUGCGGGAGCGGCGGGCGUCGGCGGCGCUGGUGAGCCGGAAGGGGACGACGUUCGAGCAGAGAGAGAGGGAGAAGAUGAUAAAGAAGGCGUACAAGGAGAGGAUGACGGAGCUGAAGGAGGAGAUUCGGUUGAACAAGGUGGAGAAGAGGAAGAAGAAAGAGGAGAGGGAGAAGAAGAAGCAGGAGAAUAUUAUCAGAUCUGGAACCAAGUUUCAGAAGAUUACAAACCCUAAUACUUUGAAGAAGAUUGCAAAAUCCAAGCAGAGGAAACAGCUUAGGGUUGUUCCCGAUGAAUUGCUUAGGAAAUAGACAGUAAUUUCUUUUUUAAUUUUUCAAUUCGGUUUCUAUAUAUUGCCUUUUGGUGGAUAAUUUUGUAUUGAGAUUUCAAUUGAUGCUUAAUAUACAAGCUCGUUUUGUCGUAA